AUUCAAGCCAUGCAUAUGAGUCAAAUCUCAAAUGCAUGGAUGACGAGAACAUCGAUAGUCAAAGGAUCGUGAAAAUUUGGAGAUGGACUUUCCAAAUUGUAUCCCACAAAUGGAUCAUACAACAUGAAGAUGAGAAAAAAAUGAUGAGCUGGAAGCCGGUACCGGUACCACCGGUUAAUAAAUAAGGAAGCGUCAAUUAUGUCAUGUUGACCAAUUAACAUAGUGAUUAUUGGUCACCUGACAGUAAAACCUCCUCCCACUUCUGGUUCACAAGCUGAAGCUACUACAUACUACAUGACCGUGACCGACCUGCUAUGAAUGUUCCGAGAGUCAUGUGAUAUUUUGAAAGUUGUCAUCGUCAUAUGAUCAAGAUAGGAGUGUACUUUUCAGAGAUUUUGAGAAAAUGAUUUUAAAAUUGUGGUAUUUAUGCUGUUUAGCAACCCUUACAACAAACGUUCAUGGGGCUGGUGAAUUUUCUGUGUUGCACCAUCCCCCAAAUCUAGUCUUCAAAGGUCAUGAUCACCUAAGGGAAUCUACCCUCAUUGAAGCAUUUACAGCAGCCCUAGGCUUCUCAACAGAACACUAUUCCAACUGGCAGGGCAUGUACAUUGAAGCACCAUUUGAGCUGGCAGAAGCCAUUGUAACCAUAGCUGUUGAUGGAGUGUCUGAUAUUGGACAACAGAAAGGACAUCAUUUUCCAUUGAAGACUGAUGUUGGUGAGGAUAAGAUUUUCCAGCAUUUGGAGAGAAGGAUCUCUUCUCACUUCCCCGAACAAGGGGCCAAUUUAGUCAGGAUUGACUUAGCUAAUGGGUUAGAAGAUAUCCAUAAAUAUGGAAUUUUCAAAGAAAUCCACGGAAAAAAUUCAAAGCAUAUUGCUCACAAAGCAUUAAAAAUUGAUGUUGAUGAGGAUAGACAAUUUUUAAAAGAAAUUACUCUCCUCCAUGAAAUUGCUGAAAAGGUAGCAGAGGGUGUCAUUCGUAAAGAUAACAUCCCUGAUAUAUUCUGGUUCCGUUUUGACUCUCUCCAUGCAUUAUCUGACCUCCACGGCCCAAACUCGACUGAAGCCAUGGAAGCAAAACAGCUCCUCAAUGAUGUCAUCAUGCAGCUAAAUGCAGCAUUCACCAAAGCAUAUGGUGAUAAUGCCCUGAUCACUGUCAUCACAAGUGAUUCUAGUCAUACCAGAAAGGCUAGAAGCGUUUUGCAGUCUACACCUGGUAAAGAUGAUAAAGAUGAUAAAUCAACAUACAACUUGGCGAGCUACUAUAACAAAGAUUACCCAGUGAUUUUCAACAUCAUUCUGUGGUUUGGGGUGAUGAUGGUAUUUUCGCUUCUCGCCAUCUGUAUUGCUAUUGGCAAUAUGGAUCCUGGUAGGGACUCCAUCAUUUAUCGUAUGACCAGCACUAGGAUGAAGAAAGAUAACUAAUCAGCUAACAAGUUGAUCUUCCUGGUGAAUUAUAAGAUCUCUUAUAUGUUGAACAUGAUGGUCGUCAUACAUAGGUUCACCUUUGAUGUUAUAAAUGGAAUUUGUUCAUAGCAGAAUAUCUGAUGUAAAAGCAGUAUUAAUUUUUCAAAUAUUGCAAUUUGUGUUGAGAAUCCAGCUCCUCUCGUACCUAGAAGUGAGGAGUGGGAUAUUUAUGUUAUUUCAUUUGCUUACCUUCCAGUUAUAAGUAGGAAAAUUUACUAUACUGAAUCUGACCAGUUACACGAUACUACCUGAAAGUAUCACCUUGUCAAUAGUAUAGAUAUUUCGAUAUUAAGAGAAAUACUCGUGCGACAUUGGCUUAAAAUUGGAAAAGAUUCGUUUUAUAGAAAUUAUACCUCAACAGCAUUCUUGUAGAAUAUGUGUUUGUUUGUAUCUUUAUGAGCAACUGAAUUGUUUUUCUUUGAAUACUUGUUUGAAAUCAUAGAGAAUUUUAACAUGUACAUAUUUAUCAUUAUUUUUUGUGUGUACAGUGAAUUGGAGCAGUUCCUCACUGUACCAAGUGUUAAUGAGUUGCACAUUCCUAUGUGAUUGUAGAUGUAAUUGUCCAAAUAAAACUUGGAAAACAGUGUAGUACGAUUUUAUU